AUGGUAUUAACGUAUUUUACGGUUUUACCAACCGCGAAGGCCAGUGUGAACGCCUGAGCAGGCGUCUUGUUCUAUUUAAUCUGCCACGCAGUACUCAUGUACAUUGAACAAAUGGUCGUGUGCGAUUCGAAUUCCGAGUUACGUGUGAAAAUUACUGCUAGGACUGACGCCAAUCACACCAUGACUUCCUCUUCGUUCAGUUUACAGCGAAAUUUGAAAUGCAACUAGUUGACGCGUACUUAUUCGAGCUGACUGCUGAGGACAUUUUUUAGCAUAUGCUGCGCUUCAACUGAAACAUAUGCGGUGAUUGACGCGCAUGCGCAGUAAUUGGAUAAUUUUCUUCUUAAUUUAGACCAUUCUUACAGGAGGUGUUUUGGUCCUGACAGCGGGUUUAAAGAAACCCCAGUUCUUGGUAAGCCCUAAGAUUUUUUCACAAAGAAAUUCCAAUGACUGGCCUAUAUAUAAAUGGCCCUUCCAGUAACCAGAAGCUAUCUUAUAUAACAUCAAAUAUUGGUCGACCAGGCACGUAUAAAAAUUGUUCCAGAUCUUGUAACAAUGUUUGUGUGAGGCCGAUAUCAGGAUGUGUUCCCAUUUGUUGUGACAAGUCUGAAACAAGUUGUUAUCGCCUUGGUACACGGUUGACUUGCUACAAGUUGUUCCAACAAGAUUAAGAAAAGCUGUCCGUAACAAGUUGCUACGAGCUUGCUGUUAUCCAUUUGUUAACCGGCAACUUGUUACAUGCUGACGUGCAGCCGAUAUCAGAUUUGUUGGAAUAACUUGUUGGGAGUUGUCCCCAGACUUGUCAACAACUGGGAACAGGCAGUGCAGUUUCCUUCUUAUUUGAGAACCCUCGUAAAAACCAUCUUUGAUUAUAAAGCUUCCUCACAAAAGAUUGUUUAAAAAAAAUAGAAAAAAUAAAAGUGCGAACAGUUUAAUAAUUCCAAGACCAAUCAAUCCCACAGCAGUUUCCAAGAAGAUAGUGUUAAGUUGUUUUACGUGUUUCCAAGAAUAUAGUGUUCAGUUGUUUUAAUUAUUUUUCCAGAAAUACAUCAGCCUUUGCUGUGUACUGAUUACGAUGGUCCUAGCACAGGGAGUAAUUAUAAUAGAAGGAUUCGAUGCUACAUUUAUACACACACUUUCCAAGAACGAUCCAUCCUGCGAAGAUUUUGAACCAGAACGACACAGGUUGGAAUGUGUUAAAUUCAAAGAAGCAUAUCGCUUGUCCUUUACGUUGAUAUUCAUAACUGAUAUUGUGUUGGUGUUGUGUGUCAUCGUCGUGCUUCUACUGUUUGCAGAUUGGAUUUUGUUUGUUGCACCGGUACGAAAUAUGUUAGUUUUAUAGUUGUUCAUAUUUUGACAGGCACUUAAGUCAAAACUGAUGAAGUAACUGUACAUAUACAUAUACAUGUUGUAUCAGACACAGCCGAUGGUGUUGUAAAUAGUUAAGUACCAUAGAACGUUUGCACUUGACGUCACAGUGUUCCAAUUCAAAAGAAUUUUAAUUAGACUCUUUUGUCUGGAACACCAACAUGGCCGCCAAGGCUUUUGUUGAGUUGAUCCCUGGGGAAUGAGUGCAAACGCUCUAUACAUAUUACAUUGGAUAGCUGUAUCAGUUCUAAAUUGUUCUUCCAAAGACGCCCAGUCACCAUUCCCAUUUAAAACUGUCAUCCUGACUGGUUGUAAAAUGUAUAAAGGUGGCUAAAUUUUUCUGUCAAAAUCUGACAGAUAAUUUUUCGUGUCUCCCAUUGGUCACAUGCAGAAAAUAAAACAUUUUAUCCAACCCUGACAAUAAGAUUGAAUGUGAAUUGUGCAGUAUCGAAUUUUAAAAAUGUUUGUGCAUUUUCAGAAAACGCUACAACGCAACGAACAAGCGGUACAUGAAAUUCCUCCACCGCAGCAGGAAAGAUAUUAUGUUGCUAUGCCAACAGAGCGAUACCAGCGAACUUGGAAUUCUCAACACGAUCAGAGUACAAUACCACUGCAUCCAAUGUAA